AUGUUCUCAAUGGAGAAGCGGGAUGCUCACUCAGCGCGCAAGCGCAUGAUUAGCAACGUCUACGCCAAAUCAUCGCUACAAGCCUCGCCGGCGCUCCGCGAAAUCAGCGAGACGAUACUUUAUGGUCGGAUGCUUCCCAGGAUCGCCGCCGCGCCUGAAACUGUCCUGGAGGCUUAUGAGCUCUUCUCCGCCGUAACUCUGGACGUUGUAAUUGCAUACAUCUUUGGCCUCGAGCAAGGGUCGAACUUCACUGACCAUCCCGAGCUCGGUGCAAAGUGGCUUCACGACUAUAAGAGCCGUCAACCAUACCUCUUCUGGGUCCAGGAGAUGCCCAAUGUGUUCCAACUCUUCUCAAAUCUUGGUCUUGGCCAAUGGUUCGUUCCAGAUUGGGUCGGUCGAAAGAGCCUAGACAUCGAAGAACAACGCCUGGAGUGGUGCGAUGCUGCCGAGGCCGCAAUACUGUCGGGAAAGGCUGCAGAGUCUGCGCGUCAUGAUGCUACUGUCUAUGGUCAAAUGCGAAGCAUGCUUAAGAGGCACGAGGAAGGGGAGGCUGGAACAAAGGAGAAGGACACAAAUCAGCUCAGCCGACAGCAAAGGCUGGAUCUCGCCUCUGAGAUGUUGGACCAUCUUGCCGCUGGAUUCGACACGUCCGGGAUCACGCUGACCUACUUGGCAUGGGAGUUUAGUCGUCCAUGCAACGCCGCGAUACAGACAGCGUUGCGGAGGGAACUGCUCACGCUGAGUCCUGCGACGCAGAGCGUAUCGGCCGGAUCUAUUCCAUCUUCGAAAGACAUCGACGACCUACCACUGCUUCAUGCAGUCGUGAUAGAGACUUUGCGACUUCACGCGGCAAUUCCAGGAGGGCAGCCCCGAAUGACACCAGCAAACACAACAUUGGGUCCACCAGGUGCCGAAGUCCACGGCAUUCCAGCCGGAGUACGAGUUGUCUCAGCGGCGCACUCGGUCCACCGAAAUACCGAAGUCUUCCCCGAACCAGGCCGCUGGCGUCCCGAGCGUUGGCUUGACGAGAAAGGCUGUGUGGAUGGUGGUGGCGACAGAUCUCGAUGGUUUUUGGCGUUCGGGUCUGCAGGACGAAUGUGUGUUGGAAAGAAUAUGGCGAUGUAUGAGAUGAAGGGAAUUGUGGCGGCCAUAUGGUCUAACUUUGAGACGACAAUAGUUGAUGAUGCUGGCAUGGAGCAUGUGGAUGGUUAUCUUGCUGAGCCGCGGGGCUCUUCAGAUGGCAGUUUUCUACGUUUGCGUUGUGGAAAGAUCUGA